AUGACAACAAGCCAUGUGCAAAUUUUAUCGUCUGAUCGUGGGAGAUGGAUAGUAUUUCAGAGAAGGAAAUACGGUUCCGAGGAUUUCAAUCGUAAGUGGGAAGAUUACAAAUUUGGAUUUGGGGACCUAAAGAAUGACUUCUGGUUGGGCAAUGAAUAUCUGCAUCUUAUGACAAGGGGGCAGCCGAGGGAGCUGCACAUUGAUUUGGAGGAUUUCGAUGGAAACAAAGCCUUUGCGAAGUAUUCAUCGUUUAGAAUACGUUCAGAGGAAGAGAACUAUAGGCUUGAAGUGGAUGGAUAUAGCGGCACGGCAGGAGAUGCGUUGGACUACGCUGGACAGGAUAUAUGGAUUCAUAAUGGUCAAGCGUUCUCUACACGUGACAGAGAUAAUGAUGAAUGGUCGGGAAAUUGUGCGGUCACAUAUCCAGGAGGAUGGUGGUUCAAUGAUUGUUUCGCUGCUAAUUUAAAUGGAAACUAUUUUGGAAAGGGAUAG